UAUAUUAUUUGACUCGGCCAUACUCUUCUAGAUUAAAUCUGCAAAGUUCAAAGGCUGUUGUCAAUGAAAUUGAUAAAAGAAUAAUCACAAACAUAAUAAAGUUUUGUUUAGUACGGCCGAAAAUGUCUUCAGAAACAAUUGAUGAAAAAAACAAAAAGGAACAAAAAAAGAACAAAGAACAAUUUAUAUUACCAGAAAAGAAGUUUGAAUUGAGAGAAUCAUUAUUGACGACGUUAUUUGAAAAUCCUCACAUUGAAACUAUUUAUCACAUAUUUGCAGUAAUUUUAAUUGGACUGAUUGUUAAUACGGCUGCCCAUGACAUUUUAAAAACUGGAAAUGCCAAAUUGGGAAUUCAAAUCGUUCUCUCAGGAUUUUCAAAAAUUCACAUAACAGCAGUUAUUUGGGUUGGAGAAUUUUUGAGUUCUUGUUUGUGUUACCCGUGUUUGUUUUUGUGGGCAAAAUGUAGGACACAUUUUAGUCCCAAAUCUGGAAAAUUGGCCUUGUGGGACUCCUUCUGGUUCUUCGUCGUACCUGUUUACUAUUUCUGUGCUUUCAAAAUCUCUGGUCAACUAGUGACUGAUUUCCAAAUUCCUCCAGCUAGUGCGGCCAUAGUGAUAUUCGAAAUGGUGAGGAUGAUGAUGAAAGUUCACGCUUUCAUUAGAGAAAACGCUUCCAAGGUUCUUAGACACAAACCCCAUUCAGAUGAACCGUUGAAUCUACCUCAGUUUUCUACGUUCAUGUAUUACUUCUUUGCCCCAACAUUGAUCUACAGAGACGAAUACCCCAGAACGUCUCACAUAAGAUGGGGCUACGUUUGCACCAGAGCGUUUGAAGUUCUCUGCAUAAUUCUAAACAUUGGCUACCUAAUCGAAAGACUGAUAAAACCUUCCUUCCAAGAAUUCGGCCUGAGAACCUACACGGUCACCGAAAUAUUCCUGUGCAUCUGCGAAAUGUCCUUCGCGGGCAUGUUGCUGAAACUCUACGGAUUCUAUUUCAUGUUGCACAGCUGGUCCAAUCUGUGGGCGGAACUGCUGCGCUUUGGCGACAGGAAAUUUUACUCGUCGUGGUGGAUCGCCACCUCCUAUGCGGAAUACUUCAGGACCUGGAACAUCCUUGUGGGCGAUUGGCUCUACACCUAUGUCUACAAGGACAUGUACGAGGUCGUGGUUCCGCGUAACAAAAUCGCUGCCAAAUUCGCCGUUUUCAUGUUAUCUGCGAUGGUGCACGAGUGGUUGAUGUGUUACAUGCUGGGAUACUUUGUACCUAUUAUGUUCAUUUUCUUUUUCUUCUUCUCCGGACCGAUGAGUUUCAUCAAGGCACCGAAGCUCAGUGUUUUGAACAUACUGUUCUGGUAUGGGCUUGCGUACGGUUCUGGUACGAUGGUGUGCGUCUACACGAUGGAAUUCUACGCGAGGGCCAAUACUCCUAGUGAAGUUUUAAAAAUGAAGGAUUAUUUUGUGCCACAGAUGUUUAAAUAUAUAACGUAUUGAUUUGUGAUAUACUUUUAUAAUAAAUUGUGUCUAUUUUUAAAA